AUGGCUGCGUCUCAGUAUAUUUCGUUAAAAGGAAAACCAAAGACAUCGCUGCUUAAUAGCCAAGCGAAGUUCAAGAGCCAGCUUGGAAAUAAUGCGUCCCUUUUGAAUCGCAGCUUUACAACUGCCGCAGAACUUUCUCGCGCAACUGGCAGCCAGCUCCGGCAGACAAAGCUAACGGUAUGCCCGAAGGAUAAAAAACUGAAAUAUGAAGGGUUCGUAGAAGAGGUUCCCCGAGUUAGGGCGUCGCAUGAAUUUGUUUAUAUGCCACCACCGAAGCUGCAACCGAAACCGCUGUGCGUUGCAUCCAAAUCCAAAGCCACCGCCGCAACCAUCAAAAUGGAGCACAUGGCAAUGGCAGAGCCGCCAGCCUCGCCCAUGACCAAGCCGGGUCGCGAUUUGCUAAGCCUAGUGGGGCGCGUGGACUUCUGUCUGAACAGCCACAAACUGUAUCCCGAUUUGAAUGCCAUCUGGAACGUAUAUGGUAAACUGGUGCGCGUUAUCAAAGGAAAGAAGAGUGAGCACACCCUGCUGGUUCGCAGUGAAGGACCCAUCUUGCAAGGCAUUUACUACGAUUUCGAUGGCGAUAUGAAACCAUUGUCCACGGGUUGCGCUGUCCAUCUGGUUGGCCGUUUCGUUGGCGGAAAUCGGCUGCAGACGUUUAGGAUCAAUGAGGUAAGUGAUAUGGACUGGGAGCAGCAAUUCAUGCGCAUAGAAAAUGUGACUAGAUAUAUUUUAAUGCAAAAUCAAGCACACAAGUAAUUUUACGCCGCAAGACUCU